UCUCAGAAAUUUCACGAAAAUGGGCUCAACGGCACAGACACAGUCAACUCCAGUGCAAGUCACGGACGACGAAACUGCUCUCUUUGCCAUACAGUUAGCCAGUGCCUCUGUUCUCCCUAUGGCUUUAAAAUCAGCUAUAGAGCUCGAUCUUCUAGAGAUCAUGGCCAGGAACUGUUCUCCCAUGUCUGCAUCUGAGAUCUCUUCUCAUCUUCCGACCAAAAACCCCGAAGCUCCGGUCAUGCUUGACCGUAUCCUCCGUCUUCUUACGGCUUACUCCGUCCUCACUUGCUCCGUCCGUACACUUCCCGACGGCGCCGACGGGCUUUACGGGCUUGGUCCAGUUUGCAAAUAUUUCACCAAGAACGAAGAUGGUGUCUCGAUAGCUGCUCUUUGUCUCCUGAAUCAUGACAAGGUCUUCAUGGGAAGCUGUGGAUAUGCCAUGACUGGAGUGACGAACACUGUUUAAAAUUCUUAAAGAAUUGUUACGAGGCGCUUCCAGAGAAUGGAAAAGCGAUCUUGGCAGAGUGUAUACUUCCAGAGACACUAGACUCGAGCCUGUCGACCAAACAAGUAGUCAAUGUCGAUUGCAUUAUGUUGGCUCUCAAUCCUGGAGGCAAAGAACGGACCGAGAAAGAGUAUGAGGCAUUAGCCAAAGGAUCAGGCUUCGAAGGCAUCAAAGUUGUUUGCAACGUUUUUGGUGUUUACAUUAUUGAGCUGCUCAAGAAGAUCUGA